AUGGCGUCAGAGUAUGUUGAGCUUCAGAAAGGUUUCUAUCAGGACACUGGUAAUCCUAUGUCCAUUACCUAUACAAGCCAAGCUGGCGAAUUCCCUGAGUGGCCUCAAGACACCGGCUAUUCCGCUCCUAGGAAGCGCUCAUUCAGCGAUUAUCUCGAAUCAUCCGAUGAUCUCGAAGCUCCGAUUAGCAAACUUCGUCGCAUUACUAUAAGCCCACCCAUAGCCGAGCCGGCAGCUUCGUUAAUCACGGCAGAAUCACAGGAUCGACGAAAUAUCAAAAAUGCCAACCUUAGGAUGCUAAACAAUUGGUACUGCUCUUUUAUAGAGGCAACAAUGCCUGGUAGCAAUUUUAAGAAGAAAUCUUUUCUCGAGGAAGCUUCCCUCUCCAAGAACGAAGAUAACUUUGAAGGGCUGUUUUCGAACAUUCAACCAGAUGACUCUCAUCAGAACCCAGCAGGUCCUCUAGAUGCUUUGCGAUAUCCCCUUUACAAGCAUCAGUUGAUAGCGCUGGAAUGGAUGAAGAAGAUGGAGCUAGAUGAGAAGAAGAGGGGUGGCAUACUUGCUGAUGACAUGGGCCUUGGAAAGACACUUUCGACUAUUGCUCUGAUGGUUAGUCGCGAUACUGAACCAUAUCCAUGGUCCAAUGUAAAAACCAACCUCAUCAUUGCUCCAGUAUCCCUACUCAAGCAAUGGGAGCGGGAGAUUAAGCAAAAAGUCCUGCCAGGCUACCAGCUCAAAGUAUUUAUACAGCAUUCGAGAAGAAAGGAUUACGAUCAACUUCGAGAUUACGAUGUUGUACUGACUAGCUAUGGAUUGAUUGUGUCCGAAGUCAAGAAGAGGGAUCGAUAUAUCAGGCAAGCGAAAAAAGAGGGACGGGAGGUCGAUGAGAAUUACUUGUCUGAGAUCUGCCCAUUUCUGAGUCAAAACAGCCUCUUCUACCGCGUGAUUCUUGAUGAGGCGCAGUACAUCAAGAAUCCUAAAGCCAAAGUUUCAAAGGCCGUUUGCGAGUUACAGGCCAAGUAUCGUUGGUGCCUGACUGGGACACCAAUGCAGAAUGGGCCAAACGAACUCGCUUCCCUUGUCCGAUUCCUAGGAAUCAAACCAUACGACGUGAUUGAAAAGUUCCAGGUGGAAUUCAAAUCCCUUCAGCCAGGAUCCAAAGGCCACCCAGAAGUGAAAAGGAGAGCAAUGAAAACACUGCAGAGUUUCCUCAAAGAUAUUCUACUUCGACGAACCAAGCAAUCCAAGAUUGACGGAAAGCCUAUCAUCCAGUUGAAAGAGAAAACAGAGGUCAUUGAUCACGUUGUUUUUGAUACCGAUGAACAAGAAUAUUAUGCGACUCUCGAGAAGGAUGCCCGUGUCCAGUUUAGCAAGUAUCUCAGAGCUGGCACAGUUGGGAAGCAUUAUACCAAAGUUUUGAUACUCCUUCUUCGGUUGCGUCAAGCUUGUUGUCAUCCGUAUCUACAUCUCACUGAUCUAGAACUGAUCAUACCUGACAUCCCAGAGGAGCAGGCAGCGGAGUCUGCGAAGACUCUACCCCCAGAGGUAGUCGAGCAUGUCAAGGGAACCGAGAUCUUUCAAUGUUCCGUAUGUUCUGAUGUUGUAUCACAUCCUUCUAUCAUGUGCCCUUGCGGAGAUCUAUUCUGCUCGCCCUGUGCUGAAACAUUUAUGAACAUACUUGGGGAGAAGAUGAUGCGCGCGGCAGAGGUUGACCAAAGUGUAGAGUGUACGGCCUGUCACAAGCAAGGCAAAUUCACGAUAAUCAAAUUCGAUUCAUUCUUGAAGACGUACCAGCCUGAGCGGCUUCAAGAUGAAACGGAGUUAGGAACGGACGACACAGAUGACGACGCUGAUGAUUCCGAUGAUGAUUACGAAGCUGAUCUUAAACCAGACAAGCUUGUGAAGUUGUGCCAACGGGCAAGACACAAUCAGCGAGCCCACAAAAGGUACAUGCGAACCCUACGUGGGAUCUGGCAGCCAUCGGCUAAGGUAGCCAAGUGCUGUGAGCUCAUUUCGACUAUCCAGAAUACUACGGGAGAGAAGAUUAUCGUUUUCUCCCAAUGGACCAUUUUCCUUGACCUGAUUCAAAUCUCGAUUGAAGAUGAACUUGGGCUUCGGGUUGGUCGCUACGAUGGUAGUAUGACAGCAACCAAACGUGAUAAGGCAAUUAAUGAAUUCACCGAGGACCCCGAGGUGAAGGUUAUUCUGGUGUCACUUAAAGCCGGAAAUGCUGGCCUCAACCUGACAGUAGCCUCACAGGUUAUCAUUAUGGAUCCGUUCUGGAAUCCUUACGUCGAGAAUCAAGCUAUUGAUCGUACGUACCGCAUUGGUCAGCAGCGAGAUGUCACAGUCCACCGGCUCCUCGUCGAGAAAACCGUGGAAGAUCGAAUUAUGGCCACGCAAGAGAAGAAGCGUCGAGUUGUCGAAUUCGCUCUACAGGGAGAAAAGGCGAUCAAAGACAUGAGCAAACUCGGCACUGAAGAUCUCGCAUUCCUUUUCGGCAUGGGUUCCUAG